AUGUUUGUAUCUAUAGUAGAACACCAAGUACAGAAAAAGAAAAAGCAAAAACAAAGGUCAAUCGUUGACCCUGCUACUCGUGAAAGACAGUUAAGACGAAACUUGGCAGAACUGGAUAAAGAUAACUAUUCUGAUAUUCGAUUCGAAGUCCCGAGAGAACUAUUGCAACGCAGAUUUAUGCCCAUUAGCAUUCGUCGCAUUCUGUCUUCCAGGAAAACGUUUGCUAAUUACCUUGACGAAACUCCAAACUCAAAGUACUCGACGUGUGUGGCCAAACCUUCUCCCAAACCAGCUCGCAGAUUCUGCAAUGUAUGUGGAUAUUGGGGCCUGUAUGCUUGUCAAAACUGUGGUACAUGCUACUGUUCAAAAGACUGUGAAACAAUUCACAGUGAAACUAGGUGCAUGAAGGUUUAUACCUGA